UCGCCUUCGUCCGACGGCCGUCAGCGCGUCGGCUCUCAGAUGGCGCUUCACCGAGCUUUGAGUAACGACGACAUCGUCUCCUACAUAUUGGAGGACUUUCGGGCACCCACACGCCAUACAGCCUUCGUCCCCACACACCUGGACGUUGCUCGCGGAAAGCAAUGGAAGACCCUCGCAUCUUGCGCCCGCGUCUCGAGGGCUUUCUCCGAACCGGCAUUGCGCUUGCUAUGGCGAGAGCUCCCGUCGCUGCUCCCGUUUCUCUCCCUUGGUCUGUCCCUUGUCGAGGUGAAGCCCGGCAUUAUUAGCAGCUCUUUCGGCAGUGAUAUCGAUGACCUCGAUUCUGACAUAUUGGACAUGCCAAGCUUAUGGGUCGCCGAGGAGGGCCCAGCACAGCAAGGGCUGCAACGUCUCGCUCACUUUGCAUCGCUCAUUCGACGCGUUAGCCUCCCCACUUCGGAGACCGUGGAUCCCACUAUCUUCUUUUGCCUAUCCCGAGCCAACAUGAAUCAGCCGCUUCUUCCAAUGGUCGAGGGGAUCAAGUGCAUCACCUCGCCUCACCUGGACAUGAUUAUCAUGUCGCUCGCGGGGCAUAGUCUCCGUGAGCUCAUCAUUCUCAAGAAUGCUCGCGCCCCAUCCUACCAUGGGGAGGUUUCUCGCGAGUCUCAUGCGGUUAAUCGGCUUCUCGAGUGUAUCGGUCGUUUGCGCGAACUACGUUCGCUGCGCCUGGAGUUCUGGUCGUAUGAGUCUUGGCUGGAGCCUUUUAUUCACACAUUAGCCAAGCUGGACCAUCUCUGCCAUCUCGCUUUACCCUACGAAGACUACAUAGAGGAAGACGCACCACCGAUGCGGGAAGGUUUCCCUCAGCUGCGGAGGCUGAGGUUCGCUGGUCAUCGCUAUGAUGACAUGGAAUACUUUGGCUCUCUGGCAAAGAUCAUGCCUCCUAUCCGAUUGGAGUACCUUGACGUCGCGGACGCUUUCGUGGACAACUUCAUGGAGGAUCACAGCGAAUUUGACGACUUCUUCGCCACAUAUGUGGACACAUUGUCCACGGUCAAGCUGGAUUUGCAGUCGGACGACGAGGAUGACCCAACCGCUCAGUUCCCUGUAUUCAACAUCCUCCGGCCCCUUAUGCGACUGCAUUGCCUGCAGGUCUGCAAGAUCUCGUUCGCAGAGAAAUUCGUCUUCGCAGAGCAUGGCCUGCGCAACGUCCGUGGGGUCUGGCCAUACCUGCAGGUGUUCACGCUUACCUGGAAACACUCACAUAGGGCAGGCGCGGCACCUUCUUUCGACGAUAUCGUUGACUUCAUUUGGGAGUGCCCCCAGCUCAUGGUGUUGAAGCUCUCGGCUGUAUGCGUCAAUGGGAAGCCCAAGUCUUGUAUGAAGUUCAAUGGCCUACCACCGGAUUUCGUAGUCGAGGACGCGCGCAUUCGGGACCCUACGUCGUUUGCCAACGUUCUUCGCGAACUAUUCCCGGCCAUUCGCAUUUCAAAGACCUUGAGCGGUACCCCCGGCAAAUGGGGCAUAGUCUUGUCCAGACUUAGGAGAACCAACAAGUCUAGAUCAACGGGUCAUUGA